AUGACGUCGCAUUCGAUAGUCGGGAAUAAGGAGCCCAUCAUCGAUGACAAGGCUGUCUCGCAAGACGAAUACAGCUGUACCUCAUCUGAACAGCACAGCGAAGAGGUAGUCGAGCAACAUGACGAACAAGACGUAACAGGAAGCACUAGCAUGACACCAGACAAAGAAGCGCAAUUAGAUGCACGCUCAACACUCACUGCCGAAUCCGGUCUGCCACCAGCUCCUGAUGGUGGACUCCACGCCUGGCUCAAAGUCCUAGGCGGCUUCUUGAUUUACAUGAACAUCUGGGGUUUCACUUUAACAUACGGCGCAUUCCAAUCCUACUACCGCACUUCGCUUCUCUCCUCCUCCUCAGCCUCCUCCAUAUCAUGGAUCGGCACAACUCAAGCCUGUCUCCUAAUUCUCGUCGGCGUCCUCUCCGGCCCACUCUUUGACAUGGGAUACUUCCGCUCCAUGCUCUUCGUCGGCAACCUCCUCGUCGUAUUCGGCGUCAUGAUGCUGAGUCUAUCAACCAAGUACUGGCAAGUCUUCCUCAGCCAGGGUAUAUGCAUGGGCUUGGGCGCCGGCCUACUGUACAUCCCCAGUUUAGCCCUGGUAGGCGUAUGGUUCGACAAGAGGCGAAACGUUGCACUGGGAAUCGUCAUGAGUGGGAUUGCCGUCGGAGCAAUCAUCUACAUAAUAAUGUUCAACAACCUAGUCCACCGCGUCUCCUUCGCCUGGGCCAUCCGCUCCCUCGGCUUCGUCGCCCUCGUCACAGCCCUCCUCUGCAUCCCCUGCCUCCUCUCGGGCUCCGCCUGGCUCAACAAACCGCGCAAGCGCCGCGCCCUCUUCGAUAAAUCAGCCCUCCACGAUAGCCUCUUCCUCAUGUUCACCCUCGCCUCCUUCACCGCCUUCCUCGGCUACAACAUCCCGUACUUUUACAUCCCUACGUAUGCCCGUGAGCGCCUCGGCACGGACGAGAAGGCUGCCUUGUACAUGCUUGUCAUUGCUAUCGCCGGCAGUUUCUUUGGCAGACUGGCUGUCGGGUUUCUGGCGCAGUAUAUGGGUCCUAUACUUACGUGGGCGCUGUGUUCGACGUGCAGUGGGAUUUUGGCCCUGAGCUGGUUGUCGAUUGAGGAUGAGAAGAGUUUUAGGGCUUUUAGUGUUUUGUGGGGCUUCUUUUCGGCAGGUCUCGUCACUUUACCGGCGGCGGCGUUCGCUAGUAUCACGACGGAUAUGUCCCGCUUGGGUACCCGCCUCGGUAUGUCGUGGAGUGCGAGCAGCGUCGCUACGCUUAUUGGCCCCCCUAUUGCGAGUAUGCUGCUUAAGAAGGAGAAUGGUCGGACAGACUUCAUCGGUGUGCAGUUGUGGAGUGGGAUUUUCCUUUUACUGGGAACGGUGACUUUGGCUGUUUUGUGGGCUAUGACCGUUAGGAAGCAGAAGAAAGGGUGGAAAGUAUAA